GGUCUACGCUAUCUACACAGUUCUACUAUCAGCUGACUAACGAAUUCGGGGUCUUUAUCAAUGUCUAUUCCGUUACUCAUGUUUCCUUGCGACUUCUAGUAACGGUAGUAUGUGAAACAUACUGGGGCACGAUUCGAUAAGCAGCAGUUUCGAGACGGCCGCUGACCGGUAAGAAGCUUAUCACGGAAUUGCUAAUAAUAUGCGACCAGUGAAGUGCGGACAAAAGACCAGCAAAGUAAAUUGACUGACAAAUGAGCAUCUCAUGGAAUCCGGAAAAUGGUGAGGAGCAGAGCGCCCUCUUGGCAGCGGACAGUUCCGCCAGCUCGGGCGCAGCUGCCUCUGGGUCCGACGAGGAGACAAUCACUACCAGUAGAGCUGUCAGGAACAAAACCAAACUGAGAAAGCUACAGCGCAGAACACGUAUACCGUUGGUGCCCAGGAUGCUCAGACGCCUUGGCUGUUACACGCUGAGUGCCUUCGUUGUCUUCCUGUUGCUCCUUGUCUACCUGCCUCUUAUCUAUUUGGAUGUGCACAAACGUAGUGCUGGUCUGCCCGACUGGACGUUAGAGACCUCCCGCAGCAUAGGCGACUAUCUAGAUUCCGGACAUAAUACGGCCCUCAUUGUGCCGAGGGACUUUUGCCGAAACAAGACUUUCCUGGUAAUCGCAGUGUGCACAGCCGUGGGAAACUUCAUUCAGCGACAGACCAUCCGGGAGACUUGGGGAAACACCACCGAGUUCAACUACCCAGUCUUUGUCAAGCUACACGGUCACCUCAAGGGGCACUACCUGCCACUAAUGCCGGAGCGCCUUAAGCUGUAUGGAGACUACCUAAGCGGCGAGGGCGACUCAUUAACCGCCUCUGUGCGCAUUGUCUUUAUUGUUGGCCGCCAGAGAGAUGAGGAUCUUGUCGGAAACGAGACCCUGACUCGCCUUCACAGUGAAUCGGACCGAUACAACGAUAUCAUCCAGGAGAACUUCGUGGACAGCUACAACAACCUCACGCUCAAAUCUGUGAUGGCUCUUAAGCACAUCACCCGCAGUUGCUCCAAUAGCUCGGCUUUCUUUCUCAAGUGCGACGACGAUACCUUUGUGAAUGUGCCGAACUUGCUGCACUUCUUGCUCGGAGGCACAAUACCUUUGUACAACGACACUCUAGACUAUCACGAUCGAUCUACCUACUUGGCCACGGCACCGCAGAAUCGAUUAAAAGCCAUCAGCGAAGUGAUGUACGGCCAUCAGUUCUGCAAUGUGGUGCCAGUCAGCGAAGUAAGCAGUAAGUGGUACAUGCCCUCGUACAUGUUCAAGCCGGAGUCGUACCCCAAGUAUCUUUCUGGAGCUGGCUACCUGUUGUCUAUCGAUGUGGUCCAGCGUCUAUUUGAUGCCUCUUUCAAUACGACACUAGUCUACUUGGAGGACGUGUACAUCACUGGGUUGUGUGCUCAAAAGGCCAAGAUCAGUCGCCACCACCACCCGCUCUUUAGCUUCGCCCACUCGAAACAGUUGUGUGCUUUUAAGGGUAGCAUCACACAACACCAGAUGAAAGACGACAGCAUGGUUGUCGCCUGGAACCAUGUGGCAAACUACUCUAUCAAGUGCCCGCCUCCGGAGCGCUUCUUUAGCCAAAUGCGUCUUCGCAAAAGGCCUAAUUGUUAGAAGGCUCAUGAUAUGCCUUUCAUCUCUUCCUGCUCUCUGAAGAUUUCGACAUAGUAUAGUUAUUUUGCUUUGGUACAGUUUUUAAACUUUGAGUUCCUGAAAUUAAUUGUAGACCUGUUUGGGCUAAUAUAACGAUUUCGUUGUAGAGCAUAAUCAGCUGACUUGCUUGACAAGCAAAGGUGAUAUAAAAUAGUGUUUAAAGAUAAACCUUUUGAUUCCUCGAAAUUUAUAACUAUUACUCAGAGUAUUCCUUCUUUUUCAAAAACAAAAAGUGUACAAAACUCAUUUAGUGUUAAGGCGUGAGAGUUUUUUUAAUUGGCUAAAGCCUAUCACCCCAAUACUCCAUAUCAUUGUUAAAAGUAAUGCACAAACGAAAUAAUGGAUAUAAUUGGAACCCUGAAACUUCUCAGAUUUUUAGAAAUGAAUCCAAGAAAUAGACUUUAUAAUAGAAAUAUAAGUAUUUAUUUUCAUACAUGAGAUCUAAUACCAGAUCUAUUUAAGUAUCCUCUAAUUAAUCACUUUUUAUUUCUAGUGCUCAGUACUCGAUCUAAUUUUUACGUGUUCAAUACUUCCGUGGGUUCGCAUAAUCGGCUUCUCGUAAUAAAAAGCCCAUUUGAUUCACGCACAGAAUGUUGAUAAAAAAAAUGAAUAUCUAAUUAUUUUGUAAUCGUGUGAUGGAAGAAGACAAAAGUUUCUGAAAUAUCUAGUUGUGUUUUUGUUCAAUGCCGAAUAAAGUUCCAAAAACUA